AUGUCAUCGGCACAGUCACCUAAGCGGGCGCUGUCUUCCAUAACCAGUAGCAACCCUCGCCGUGCCCACCCGUCUCAAUCCAAAUCGCUCCCGAAGAAUAAAAAAGUCAAGAUUGACCACAGGCCCGACGAUGCAGACACAAAGCCGUCGCCGGUUGAGGAAGAACUCCAUCCGACGCUUCCACAAGGAGAAAGUCGUGACUCGAGCAGUGACCAGAGUGCAGCCAAAUGGUUUGCCAGCAAGAACGAGAAUGUGGUCGAUUCCCGCGACAAGAGGGCAUCGCAAGAGAAUGAUUCGCCUUUCUAUCUUGCCCAUCAGGGCAGCUCCCACCAGUUAAAGAAUCUGCGUUCCCACAAUGCAGAGAGUUUCGGCCCGCCACCCAGAGACGAGAAUGAAAAUGAGAAUGAUGAACUUCGCGGGGUCAUUGACGACCUCACUGUGGAGAACAAAAAGUUGAAACAUCUCCUGAGGAAUUGGCAGGCGCGGUUGAGUCCCACCAGCAGUAACCCGGAUAGAGUGGUUGAAGUCCGCCUGCACGGACUACCAGCCGAGAAGAAGAGGGAGUUGGAAGACCUUUUGAAAAAGUUUGCUACUGGCCUCAAUGGAGAUUCUGCAUCGCAACCAAGCUCAUCAGGUCCCAUGGAAAAAUCCGCCUCAAGUGCUGGGUAUGCCGCCGUACCGGCAGUGAAGGGCCUGCAAGAUCCUAAUGCUACAGACUCGGGUUAUGCCUCUAUCUCAAACUCCGGGAUGCAAUCAACUUCGCGGUCUAGCGGUCUCAGACUCCGCGAACCUGUGUCGAAAAGCAAAAAGGAAUCCGACAUCGAAAGCUAUCUGCACGAUAUUCCAGAUUCACUGUUCCCGCGCGAGACUGUCUCUGUCAGUGAGAAUGCUAAGAUGGUGUUGGUGGUGCAACGUUUAGAAGAGCUCUUCACAGGAAAGAGGGCUGCGCCUGGUGAACACAGCUUGCCUGUUCAGCAACAGAAGAUUUCUCGAUCAGCCGCCAAGGCUGAUCGGCGCGAGGGUCAGCGACUGAAUCGAGCAUCGAGAGUGGAGGGAACUCGUGAAGCUCACAUCCUCCCUCACGACUCCAGGUUCAAUUUCGACGCCAUAGAGGCCAGUGGUCACCCGCAAUGGAAUCAGUCCGGAUCCGAACAGUCCUCUGGGGAAGUGAGAAGCAUGCCGGUCUCGGAAUCUCCCGGGUCCCCAGACCAACGGCCCACUCGACCUUUGGAUCUUGACAUCCAUCGUGCGCAAGUCGCCGCAGACAAUAUCGAGUAUAUUCGACAUCUAGGCAUGUCGUCGCCGCAAUUUGAUGACGAUACCGACAGCAAAGAACAACCCUGGUUGUAUCUGAAUUUGCUUGUCAGCAUGGCUCAGCUCCACACGCUCAAUGUUACGCCUGCCUUUGUACGUAAAGCCGUAAAACAGCUGAGCACCAAGUUCGAGCUUUCGAAAGACGGGCAUAAAUUACGGUGGAUCGGGCGCACCCCGCAAGUCGAAUAUGGUUACCAAGCAAGCCCCGAGGGUCCACCCCAACGCACGUCGGACGAUACUGGCGACGAUGCCGGACGCCAAAGUGGCAGGAGCGCGACUAGCACACUUAACGAACCCUCGAACUCCAUGUCCCUUUCAGAUGACAAAGUCCUGCAGGGAAAGACAAGUGGUACCUCCCGCUUGGUGAACUCUACAACGACAUCUUCGAAUCAUGCAAUCCAGCCACCAAAAACCCUGUCCAAGUCGACCUCUGCGUUUGAAUAUAAACCUAUUGUAUUUCAAGGGAAGAGGACGUUUCUGAAGGCCAAAAACUCAUACCUGGAUUCAUCGAGUUCGCAUGAGGAUAAGUCACCCAAUUCUGCUAGCCUGGUCCGCGCGUUCAGCCGCUCCAGCAUCAAACCCAAAGAGGAUGCCUAUGAUGGGUACAUGACGUUCUUCAGCAACCCUUUCUUCUUCACAGAUCUCAGUGGUGACAAAGCCCCCACCAACGUCAGAUUGAGCGGUUUUACAGGAGCCCGAGAUGUUCUCGGCAUUGAGAAGAGGCACUCCGCGUUGGACGACUCCCUACGGGAUGCUAAAGCAUGUUAUUUCCUUUCCCCUUGGCCACCAGCACGCAACACGUGGCCUCAGAACUGUCCAGAUAUAGACUUACCGCUUGAACCCAUCAAGUCUUCAGGCGAGGACGAGACAGUGCCGUUAGAGUUUGAAGCUUCAGGUCUUGGGGGUGUGCGACCUGAAGAUAACUUUGCGCUCGAUGUCCAGAUCGCAAGAAAGCGGCGGAAGCUUGACAGUAGCGGCGGCAAGAGGACAAUCCGACAGAAGCGGCCUGCCAUAUAUGACUACGAAGUUGCCAAUUGCAGGGAGUUGAGUUUACAACCUUCGCGUUUGCCACCUCCAAGCUACGUUUUCUUCACAACAAGCUCCUCAUCUGGUGCAGAGAAAGGUUACUACGACGACGACGACAGCAAUGAGUCUUCGGAGGCGGAAUAUUCUCCGGCACCGGCUGGGUUUCUAUGGCAGUGGUCGUCGAGUUCAAAUGAACGACAAGUUGGCGACGACGAGGCUUCGGUGGCAAGUUCUUCAUUGGGAGUGUUGGAAGCCGCACGAGCCAGGAUUCCGCUUCCAGGUGCCAGAAAUGAGCCGGGCCGGACGAGCGGUAGCCUUGCUGCCACUGCGGGAGCGAGUUGGAGCGUCGCUUCCAAUGAACCCGAUACAGGCUUUGCCAACGAUGACAACAGUGACUCAUCGGACGAGAUGAGUAUGGAUGAUGAAGGAUAA